AUGAACAGCAUGUUGGAUAGUUUAAAUCUAGAAAAUAUAGCCAAUGUUAAAAUAAAGGCAUAUAAAAAUACAAAUAUUUAUAAUAAUAUACAAACAAAUGAAGAAAAUAAAGAAGACAAUUAUUAUGAUGUAUAUAUUUUAACUUAUAUAAAACACAUUGUCCGAAUAAAAGCCAAUUUGGCUUUACAUGGUGGAUUAUAUAGUAAUUACUUUGAAAAAUAUGAAGAGGAAUCCAUUUCAAAUAUUAUGCUUAACAAUCUACUAACCAAGAAUGAUAAAAAAGGAGCAAAGGAAACGGCAAAGGAAACGACAAAUAAGACUAAUCCCAAUCCUGACGAAGCAAAAAAUGAUUUAAACUACAACAUUAAGGAGUUACUAAACAAAUUAAUUAAAUCUUAUAAAAUUCGAGAAAAUAAAAUUUUUUUAAUUACUGGUAUGUUAGGUUGUGGAAAAACAACAUGUGUAAAUUUAGCAAUUGAAUAUUUCAAUAAAUUUUUACAAAUUGAAAAAAAUAUAAAAGAUAAAAAUGAAAUUAAAAAGAGUGUCUUAUUUUUAACAGAUCAAGAAAAUUCAUGGGAUAAAAAAGUAUAUAAAAAAACACCAUAUACAGCUAAAAAUUUUCAACAAGAUUAUUCAACAAGUUAUGAAACAUCUUCUUCUUUAUCUUCUCCUAAAAAAAUUAAAAUAAAUUUUGAUGAGCCUCUAUUUAAUUUUACACCUAAAAAAAAAAAAAACACAAGAAAUGAAUCACCAUUACCUAACAAGCAACAGACAUUAAAAAAUGCUAAAUUAAAACAAGACUAUUCUCAAAAUAAUGAAAAUAUUGAACAAAUUAAUGAUAAUAUUAAAAAUUUAUUUGAAAAUAAUGAUCUAUCCCCUUUAAGGAAAAAUACAAACAUACGAAAUAAAAUACAAUUUGAAGAACUUUUUAAAGAACAUACUAAAAAUGAUCAAAAUGAAAACAGCACAGGUCCAGACACACAUAGUAGUCACAAUUCAGAUGAAGAAGAAUGGAAUAGUAAUGAAUAUGAAAAUGACAAAGAUGAAAAUGAGGAAAAUGAAAACAAUUCAGGGUUUAAUAGAAAAUAUAGAAAAAUUGUUGAGGAAAUUAUAAAAGAAGAAAAAGAAGAAAGAUUUAUAUAUAUAAUUCGUAUUAGUGCAUAUUUAUAUAAAGAUGAUUUACAAUGUAUUAAAUCUAUAUAUUCUCAAUUAUAUAAUUAUAUUGAAACAGAUGAAAAAAUGCCAACAAAUUUAUUAUUGAAUGAUUAUAUUAUAAAAUUAGAACAAUUAUUAGUUAAAAUAAAUGAUCAAAAAAAACAAACAAUAUUAAUUAUUGAAAAUGUAGAAAAGUUUUGCUUACAAAAUAAACAAAAUUUAUUAUACACACUUUUUGAUCUAUUACAUAAAAAAAGUAUAUGUAUUAAUAUAAUUUGUUUAACUAAUGUUCUUGAUAUAACUCAAACAUUAGAAAAAAGAAUAAAAUCUAGAUUUACAUUUGAAAUGAUAUAUAUAUCACCUAUUUUAAAUAUAGAAGAAAUUACAAAAUUAAUUUAUAAAGUUUUAUAUGUUAAUUUAGAUGAUUUUCAUCUUAUUAAAAAAUAUUAUUCAGUAUAUUUUUCAUACUCUGAUUUAAUAAAAAUUCAAAAAUUUCUACAAAUAUAUAAUUCAACUAUACAAAAAGAAAUAGCAAACAAUAAACUUUUAAAUCAAUGGUCUUAUGAUAUUAGUUAUGGACUUGAUAUUAGACAUAUAUAUCAUACUUGUGUUGAUGCAAUUUUAUCGAUAUGUGAAUAUAAACAUAUAUUGAAUGGUGAUCUAAAUGUGUUUGAAAAUAAUACUAUCUUAGAUCCCACUCCUUUAAAAAAAAUGCUACCAAAUAAUUCACAAUAUAACAAUAGUGAAAAUAAUUAUUUUACCCAAUGCCAAGAUAAUAAUGAAAACUUUUCCUUUCAUGAGCAAUCAAAUGAUAAUACACAGUUUGAAAAUAUAAAUUCAGAAAAAUUUGGACUUUUUACAAAAGACAAAAAAAGUAAUCUCGAAUAUUUAAAGGAGAGACCAUGUAAAUUAGAUUGCACACCAAUCAAACGAAAUUUUAACGAUGAUGAAAAGUUUAAUGAAAGUGAAAGAGAAAUUCUUAAUGAAAAUGAAAAACAAAUUCUCAAUGACAAUAUAAACAAUCAGGAUAAUCAAUUUCAUUUUGAUAUGGAUUUAGAUAUGAGUCCUCGUAAACUUAAAGAAAAUAUAAAAUUAAAAAAUAAUGUUGAAAGUUAUUAUAUACUAAAUAAUGUACAAUCUAAAUUUAUUAGAAGACAUUAUAUUAAAAAAGUAUUACGAGAUUUAUGUUCUAUAGAAUAUAUGAUUUUGUGUGCAUUUACUAGAUUAUAUAAAAAAGAAAUAUUACCAAAAACUUUAUAUGUAAUUAUAUUAGAAAUUAACAAAUUUAAACAAGCAUAUCCACAAGAACAAAUUGUUGGCUUUUCUUUGGAUGCCUAUAGAAGAUCCUUUUUUAGACUCGUAGAUUUAGAUAUUAUAAUUUUAUCAUCUUACUCAUUAAAUCAUUUAAAUAUAAAAAAUUUUAGUAACGAUUCCUUUGGAUUACAUGAACCUACUAAAUUUCCAUGUUAUGAUAUAUUUUUAGAAAAUAUUGAUACAUAUAAUUUAAAUCACAAUUUGAUUCAAUGGGUUAAGCAAACUACUGAAGUCAUGCAAUAG